GAGAGGCAGGUGAGGGUGAGAGAGAGAGUAGAGCGGCGGAAAGGGGAAAGGGGGGAGGGAAAGUGAAUCGUGGUGUAAAUACGUGCCGCGUCGGUGUCGCGUUGUUUUGGUCGUGCGAAACGAACACACGGACACGGACAUACUCUGCCGCGCCCUGCCCUAGUGCGUCGCUAGUCUCUUCGUCGGCGUCCCUCUCCCCCGAGAUGCUGAGUUUGGUGAGCCGACGCGCCGUCCUGGCGACGCAGACUCAGGUCCUGGCUGCGGCCGCUGGAGAGGCAUCAAUGUCGACGUCGUCGUCGCUGAGGUGGGGCCGCCUGGUCGCCGACUCCUACUCGUCCUGCGCCUCGUACUCGUUGGCGUCCAGACUGAGGGGCGGCUCGCCGGCGCACCUUCACACAUCCUGCAGCAGUCUGCACCAGAGUGUGUCCAGGCGUCUCUCUCCAAUGACUGCGUCCAUACCUCCGGCAGCCAUCCAACCAGUCGCCAGUAAAGAUGAAAGCCGUGAAUUUUUAGCAAUUUUUCCAGAUCUUGUUCGAGAUUUGACUGAUGCAGGGAGACAUCUCGACAUUCCUGAAGUAACAAAAUGGUACUCAAAGGUACUACAGUACAAUGUUGUUGGCGGUAAACGAAAUCGUGCCAUGGCAGUGGUAUAUUCUUACCGCAUGCUGGCAAAUAAAAGUGAUUUGACUCCUGAAAAUUUGCGAUUAGCAAUGAUUCUUGGAUGGUGUGUUGAAAUGUUGCAAGCCUUCUUCCUAGUCAGUGAUGACAUAAUGGAUAAUUCGGAGACUCGGCGUGGUCGUCCCUGCUGGUACAAGCAUAAUAAUCUUGGUCUAGCCGCAAUUAAUGAUGGAAUCCUCCUUGAGAGUGGAGUUUUUCAGUUGCUCAGAAGGCACUUCAGAGAAAUGCCUUAUUAUCUUGAUCUCAUUGAGCUUUUCCAUGAUGUUAUUUUUAAAACCAGCAUGGGCCAAUGUCUUGACCUACAAACCUCUGGCAAGGCAGAUCUUGAAUCUUUUACUAUGGACCGUUAUACUGCAAUUGUCAAGUACAAGACAGCAUACUAUUCAUUCUAUCUGCCUGUGGCUAUUGGAAUGUAUAUGGCUGGUAUAAAGGAUGUCGAAGUUCAUAGGCAGGCAAGAAAUAUCUUGUUUGAAAUGGGCCAUUUCUUUCAAGUUCAGGAUGACUUCCUGGAUUGUUAUGGUGACCCAUCAGUUACUGGGAAAAUUGGUACUGAUAUUCAAGAUGGCAAAUGCUCCUGGCUUGCUGUUUUAGCAUUACAGAGAGCUGAUCCUGCUCAAAGAAAAAUUAUGGAGGAGUGCUAUGGUUCUUCCAAAAGUGAAAAUGUGGCUCGAAUCAAGGACCUCUAUGAAGAAUUAAAUGUUCAUGCAACAUACUGCAAAUAUGAGGAGGACAGCUACAAUCUCAUAAAGACUCAAAUUCAACAGGUCUCCAGGGGGUUGCCUGUUGAACUAUUUUUCAAAUUCCUUGACAAAAUCUAUAAACGUCAAAAUUAGAAGAUGUAUAAUUCCACAUCUUUUAAUUUUAAUGUUUAUAUAGAACGCUCUUUCUAUCUUAUCUGAUUGGUCUGUAAAUUAUUGUCCUUGUUUUGCUCAGUAUGAUGUGAUAACUGACUGUUUGACAAACCAUUUGUAACUAAAAUCAUUUAAAAGACAUUCCCCUGAAAGGACUGUUGUUUGAAGGAUACUUUGCAUAGUCUUUGUAAAGGCUCUGAUAAAUAAUAAUCCUGGCAUGUCAACGUUUUCAAAUCUAGUUUUGUUGUUACCUGAUUAGUACUGGUUUAAAUCGAGUCAUUUUUAGAGACAAUAUUAUUUGUAAAUAUUUUAAAAAUAUUUUAAAAAUAUUUUUUUAAAUGUUGUAUUUUGUACUAACUUUAUCAUGUUUGUUUCCCCUUCUUACUGCUAGAGAAUGCCACUAGUGUAUUCAAAUAUUUUGGUAGUGGGAAGAAAUAUUUUGCCUCUCUUACCGGUGUGUUUGUUCACCUUUUUUUUUCUCACAAUGCUAGGUUUUUCAUUGAAUCUAGUCAGUUGUUUGCAGUUCUGCUUUUAAUUGUCAAGAAAAUGUGUUUAGCUCCAAAGACUGGUGGUUUUGGAGUGUUCUUGUAUACAAUGUCUAAUUGCUUGUUUAAGCUCAACAGAUGAACUUGUCUUCCUUGUCCUUAUUGACUAUAUUAUUCAAAUACUUAAUCUUUGUGCAUGUCUGUUUUUGUACCUUUUGAUAUUAUGUUUUUAUCUUAUGUACAUCAGUCUGUAAGUUACUUACUUUGUAAGCAGUAGUUAAUGUUUACAUGUGCGUGAGUUGCUAGACAUGAACUAGUUUUAGUUUUGCUGUUACCUACACAGCUGGGACCAUGAAGGGGCCGUUAAUUUUCUUCAAUUGAAUUGCACCCACCCUUUUCUUGUUAGCUGUAGUAGUUGAGCUCUUUGUGCUGAGGUCAUCACAAUGAAGUAUUAUUGAUUCCAAUUUUAUUAUCACAGUUACAUUUUAAGAUAGAUUCACCCUUGUAGAUGUAUGUCUGACAGUGAUCCAUGAAAAGAAAAGUGGUUUUGCAGUGGGCUUGUCCAUCAGCUGUAAUGCAUCAAUGAGUGGGAAUGUUCUUUUAUUAACGAAUCUUGUUGGCUGUUAUUGUUGUCAUUUUAAAAUAAAAGUACUAUCAAGUCA